AACGAAGAAGAUGUGGAACGUUGUCCCUCUUGGAAUUCUCAAGCCGACCGACAACAGUAGUGCAUGUGGUUCACUAUAACUGUCCAAUUCCACUUCUUUUCCCUUCGUUUUAGGUUCCAUUUGGACACGGUGGCGAGAUUCAAGGACACAUUUGCUACUAAAAGGACAUUUAAUAUUCCAAGCUGGCUUCAAAAGUGAAAAUCCAUAAUGUCACAAGCCACUAAACGCAAGCAUGUCGUCAAGGAGGUUCUUGGAGACUAUGUCGUGCCAACGGAGAACCAACAGAUUGUAAAGGUGACUGGUAGCCGUGGUAACAACCUCCAUGAAACCGUCACAGCAACAGGCGAGAUAUUCCUUGUGAGCAUGCCCACAAAGUUCCGCAAGAACAUUUGGAUCAAAAGAGGUGACUAUGUGAUUGUGGAUCCAAUCGAGGAAGGUGAGAAGGUGAAGGCCGAAAUAAGCUCCAUUCUUUACAAAGAUCACAUUCUGUACCUGCAAAACCAUCAUCUUUGGCCCGAUAGCUUCAUGACUGAAGACAAGACGAAGCAAAAGACAGACCAAGAAAUUAACGCCAAGGAGAAAGACCCAGAGGAAGCUAGCGAGAGUGACUCAGAUGACAAUGAGGAUGACUUGUUUGUAAACACCAACCGUUCGACCUACCAGUACACUGAGAGCGAAGAUGAAGACGACACAAACUGAUAGCGGGAGCCCUUGCAUUGUGAGGAUCCUUAGGCUUUUUUUAUUUCCAAUCCUACAGCUUCCAAUUUCUUACGUAAGAGCCACAUGGACACUUUGAUGGCUGGGCUCGAUUUUGCAUGUAAUUGUCGGUGCAGGCCCACCUACAUUUGAAACAAUGGCUGUACGUUUUAUUCAAAUGGAUUAGUAAUCAUGUGAUUGUGUGUGGAAAAAAUGUCAACGCUGUUAUAUCUUUGUGCUCAUAAAUUUAAUAUUGUAUCCUACAUUCUAUCAAUGAUAUUGAUUUGUCAUCCUUAAAGAACAAAAAUGGUACCUUUACUUGCAUUUUACAAUUUGCUAUCAAUUGAGAUGUCAUUUAUCUCUUCCGGACCAACAACAAAAACUAUAAAAGACCUCUGUAACAAAAGCAAUGUUAGCACUUUUUUGUAGUGCUCAAUUUAAAACAUAUCUGGGGAAAAAAAUCAGCACAAAACUGACUCUGUCCUGCUUUUUGCCGGGGCUUAACUGAUUUUAAAACGUUUAUAUUUCACAACCUUGAAGUGAGAAAAUUGUCACAGCUUCUAUUAUUUUGUGUCAACCCCCCCCUCCCCAAAAUCACAUUUUUAAAUUGUGUCAUAUGUCUACAAUUCCUGUAGAGUAUAUAGACAAACUCAAGUGGUUUAUGAUUUUUAAUAUUAAAGUAAAUCCAACUAUUAAAAUCAGGACAGUUGGUCUCUUGCCAUCAUCACUGUGAAGCCAAGUUUUCGUUAUAUUAUCUGCUCCUAGCAUAGGGAUUUUCCAUUGUGUCAUUAUUUCCAUUUCAUUUCAUUUCUUUCUUUUCAUCGUAUUUUUCAUGUUGCUUUGCUCACUGCACUUCAUUUCUCCCACUCUGUGCUUGUGAAGGAUGAUUGGGAAACUGGUUCAUUUAACUGGUGAAAAUCGCACAAUAUGUUCACAACAUAAAAUGUUGUAAUUCAUUCGCACGUCAUAAUGGUGACUCGGCAACAGAUGAAACCAAAGAUGUUUUUAUUAUCAUAUACAAUACAUGCGUAACACAUUUUUUUUACCAGCAGCAUUUUACCCUCUUAUUGUUUAAAGAAUGCUUAUUAAAGUUUUCCUUGAAGGAAAGAUGUAUUAUACCUUUCGCCAUCAAAGUCCGUGAGUUUAUAUAGUACAGUCAUGUGAAAA